UCUCUCGCUCUCUCUCUCCCCGCCACUCUCACUCACACACACAAGCAGGGUGCUCCCUUCCAACCCCCACUCUCUCUCUCUAUCUCUCUCUCACACACACACACACCUAACCCGUCCUCUCGUGCAGUGACACUCAGUCGGAUCCAGUCCUUUACUUUUUUUGGUGCUGUGGUGCGUUGAUAUUUUGCCUUCAUGGAGGACUACCACAAACCAGACCAGCAGACUGUGCAGGCUCUCAGGAACAUCGCCAUCCGCCUCCGGAUCAACUCCAUCAAGGCUACCACGGCGGCUGGCAGCGGUCACCCCACGUCAUGCUGCAGCGUGGCGGAGAUCAUGUCCGUGUUGUUCUUCCACACCAUGAAGUAUCGCCCCGAGGACCCCAAGAACUCAAACAACGACCGCUUCAUCCUGUCGAAGGGUCAUGCUGCACCGGCCCUGUAUGCCAUGUGGACAGAGACAGGCUUCCUGAAGGAGAGCGAGCUGCUCAGUCUGUGCCAGGUUGACUCCACCCUGGAGGGCCACCCCACACCUAAGCAGCAGUUUGUGGAUGUUGCCACUGGCUCUCUAGGACAGGGCCUGGGUGUGGCCUGUGGAAUGGCUUACACUGGGAAGUACUUUGACAAGUCCAGCUACCGCGUGUACUGCCUGAUGGGGGACGGUGAGAUGUCCGAGGGUGCGGUCUGGGAGGCCAUGGCCUUCGCCUCCUACUACCAGCUGGACAACCUGGUGGCCAUCCUGGACAUCAACCGUCUGGGCCAGAGCGACCCAGCGCCCCUGCAGCAUCACAUGGAGAAGUACCAGAAACGCUGCGAAGCCUUCGGCUGGCACGCCAUCAUCGUGGACGGGCACAGCGUGGAGGAGCUGUGCAAGGCCCUGAGCCAGCCACGCCACCAGCCCACCGCCAUCAUCGCCAAGACAACCAAGGGCAAGGGCAUCCCAGCUGCGGAGGACAAGAUGGGCUGGCACGCCAAGACCCUGCCCAAGGACAUGGCUGAGGGGGUGCUGAAGGAGCUGCAGGGCCGCAUCAUGAACAGCAGCAAGCGUCUGUACCCCACCAGCCCCCAGGAGGACGCCCCGCCCGUCAGCCUGCGCAACGUCCGCAUGCCCAGCGCCCCCAGCUACAAGCCCGGCGAGAAGAUGUCCACCAGGAAGGCCUACGGCAUGGCUCUGGCCAAGCUGGGCCGCUACAAUGAGCGCGUGGUGGCCAUGGACAGCGACACCAACAACUUCACCUACUCUGAGAUCUUCAAGAACGAGCAUCCCAACCGCUUUGUUGAGUGCUACCUUGCUCAGCAGAACAUGGUCAGCGUUGCCAUGGGCUGCGCCGCACGCGAGAGGAACAUCGUGUUCGCCAGCACCUUGGCCUCCUUCUUCAGCCGCGCCUACGACCAGCUGCGCAUGGCCGCCAUCUCUGAGAGCAACAUCAACCUUUGUGGCUCCCACUGCGGCCUUUCCAUUGGAGAGGAUGGCCCCUCCCAGAUGGGCCUAGAGGACAUCGCCAUGUUCCGGGCCAUUCCCACGGCAACCAUCUUCUACCCCAGUGACGGUGUGUCUACUGAGAAGGCUGUGGAGUUGGCUGCCAGCACAAAGGGGGUUUGCUACAUCAGGACCAGCCGCCCAGAGAAUAACAUCAUCUAUAACAGCAACGAGGACUUCCAUGUGGGGCAGGCUAAGGUGGUUUACCAGAGCAAGGAGGACCAGGUGACCAUUGUGGCAGCUGGAGUCACCCUCCACGAGGCCCUGGCAGCAGCCGACUUGCUGAAGAAAGAGAGGAUCGCUAUCCGUGUGAUCGACCCCUUCACCAUCAAACCUCUGGACUCCAAGGCCAUCAUCGACCACGCCCGCAUCACCAGGGGCCGCAUCAUCACUGUGGAGGACCACUAUUAUGAGGGUGGCCUGGGGGAGGCGGUGUGCUCGGCUGUGGUGAACGAGUCAGGCUUCAACCUCCAGCGCCUGGCCGUGCCCCACGUGCCCCGCAGUGGCAAGCCCAGCGAGCUGCUCAAGAUCUACGGCAUCGACCGCGACGCCAUCACCCAGGCCGUCCGGAAGAUGCUCAGCAGCUCCGCCAACGCCAAGUAGCUCCGCCCGGCCGCCCCACCCCGCAAACCAACCCACCCAACAGAGACAGUAUUCCAUGUCACAUGAGAGCCCCUUUUGGUCCAACUUCCACUUCACUGUGAAUGACCCCCCCCCCCCCCCCCCCGCUUCACCACUUUCCAUGUGUUUACUGAAGUAAAGUGAGUUUGUGCCGUACAUUUUUUAAGUAACUUGUCACACAUUUAACUUUUUCACACACACACAAACACACACACAAACAAGCAUAGACACACACACACAUAUAUAGACUUUCCUUCUCCUCCCAAUUCCCAGUUACCAUGUGUCAUCACCAACCAUGUAAAGUACAGGUAAAUUGAAGUUAAUUUGUCCUAAGUUGUUAAGAGGUUAAAAGGGACAUUCACCACCAACUAUGUUCAGUAUAUGUAACGAGAGCCGGUACUAUGUGGUGCUCAUGUGUUUUUAACUUUGUUCUUUGUAAUUUAUCAACCCCAAAAACCAACUUGCAGCAGUCUAUUUUACUACUUUUAUAUUGUUCUGAUGAUGUAGCUUGAAAUGGUCAUGGGUGGGGCACGCGGUAGAGAUUUGUGUACUGUCGUUACCAUAACAACCGUCUCUGAAAGAAUCUUGUCAAUGUGAUGUUUGUAGAAGUUAGUUGAGAAAGAAAUACAACAACAACAAAAAAAUGAAAAACAAAGAUCAAAUCGAAAUGUACGCAGGGCAGCAAAGACCAGUGAAGUUUGACUACAAAAACACCACAACACACAUCACCAGCUAACGACACAGCUUGGAUUAGCGGCACACAUUCUGGUCACAGGACCUCCCACAGUCUCCUUUUCUAUCUGCUCUUAUCAACAUCAGGCUGCGACAGCUCCGCCUUGCGAUGGGAGAACCCUGAGGGGGAAAAUUUGUUCUUUUUUCCAAGUUUUUGUGUGAAGACAACAGCAAACCCUUGCUUAGUCUGUGGCGUAGAAUUGAACUUGGGCUGUCCAUGUUCCCCUGAAUCCCUCCCUCCUCUCCUCGCUCAUUCUUCUCAAACCCUACUGGGGAAGGUGAGGGGUUAGUCAGGAGGGAGGAGGGAGGAGACACCCCCACUGUAGGUCACGCAGAGCGACGCAAGGCCUGCUGGGAGGUGGAGUCGAUUGUGCUUGUGCCCGUGAGGAUGUUGGGAGCAUGCCGUUACAUCUGAACUGUGAACCCCAGAACAAAAACACCUCCUUUGUUACUUGAACUUUUGUAUGUACCUUACAUUCAUCUAAUAAAGCCCUCUGCAUUUUGGAGUUUGAGAGUU